AUGAGAUGGAUCAGACGCUUGAUUGGCAUCUUCAAGCCAAAAUCAAAAGAUGCAACACACAUCUCAGCGGACCAUUCAACAGGGCCAUUCGAGUCAAAAUCAAAAGACGCCACAUACAUUCCAACGAGCCAUUUAACGGGGCGAGCAGGCUUGAUAGACCUCUUCUAUCGCAAGCUUCCCACAGAAUUAAAGGAUGAAGUAUACUCAUACCUCUGGGCGGAUACCAUCUCCACAGACGAUUACGUACUUCUGGUUGAGUCGAAAUGCCGCCGGCGCUGCGAGCCGGACUCGUCUAGUCAUCACACUAUCCCCCUUCUUGAGUUCAUCAGAGUCACCCUCGUAGGCAGGGACUUUGCACAAGGAGCAGUAACAUGGUACUACAACAACCAAGACUUCAAUAUCGCCUUCGAAUACUUUCUGGAAUUGCAUAGUAAAGUUUCAAACUUCCUUCUCACGGAUAUCUUUGACGUCGGGAUCACGCCGUCUUCUUCCAGACUUCGCAAAUUGACGUUUGAGUACUCAGACGAUUUCGUUUUGAACGCGCUGCCUGGAAUCGAGAAACUUCUUACAACAUCCCUCUGGCAGCAUACAAAGUUGGAAUUCCUCUUCUCUACACCCAAGUCCGAGCAGCUUCUGGAAUAUAGCCAUUUCGACUUCAUGACUAAUUCUGGCUUCGCGAUUGAAUUGUGGCCAAUGAUCAACAGGGUUCAAGGGACGAAAGACCUCCCAAUUGAUAUCAUCUACAAACACGAAGGCAUAGGCGACCUUCCCUUAGUGCCUCUCCUAGAUCUGAAUCCAGCUGUACGGCUCGACAUUUUUUACACACACUGCAUGAACAUAGCUCGGCGAGAGAAUCCCAUCUCGUUGUACAUAGCAGUGAAUCUCUUGAGGGAGCUCCUAGAUGCUAUUGACAAUGAUUCGAUAGAUUUUACUUCUGAUGAAUUCUGUCGCUACGUGAGUGAGCGUCAUUACAUCUCGUUCAACAAUCAUCGCGAAAAAAAUGGAGAUCCCCAUUGUAAUGGCCUGGACUGGGAAAAAUUCAUGAUCCUCUUUGAUCUAGCGAUCGAGCCCUUGCAACCAACCAGGGUCUCGCCCAUUCUCUCCGAGCUUGCUUGGAUAAUUGAAGAUGCUGCUAGGAGCAUGAUGGACAUAAAUAUAAAAACUGUAUAG